AAGCCUAUAUAGAAAUAUCACAGGACUUAGUGUACCGAGUUAAGUCUCAUCAUGGAACAAGUAAGUAUUGAUCCUUUAAUGAAACUGGGUAUCUCACAAAAGGACUUUCACACACUGAGAGGUCAGAAGAAACACAAGAAGUUACAAAUGAAAAGUAAUGAGAGAAGAGAUAAACAGCAAUGUCAGAUGUUAUAAUAAGAACAGUACAGCAAAAUAGGAUGUGGCCUAUGCAGUUAAACUUAUAAAAGGUGGAGGCUGCAAGUGACUAAAUACAUUAAAGUUCUUUGUAAUGGUAAAUAAUACAGUAUUUCCAGUAUAAUUGUAAGCAAAUACACUUUUUCUGAUGGGGUUCCUCACUAGUUGCUUGUUCGGAAUAAGAUCUUACUUGUAAAACAGAUAAUUAGAUAAUCAUGUGUGAAGGACCGCUUAAAACAGUGAUUCCCAACCUCAUUAAUGUUAAGAGGUUAAAUAUGAGGGGUCAAGGAUGAUUAAGGAGUUGGAAUUUCUCUUGCAUUUUCUUUUUACUUGUUAAGUGCUAGGUGUGUUGUUUUUUGUUUUUUUUUGUUUUUGUUUUAACUAUGUGGGCCUCUAAAAGAUAAUAAAAUUAACAAGUGAGUAAAAAAUAUUUUACCUGCUUGAACAGCUCAGACUUCAACAAGAGCUUAACUUUGGUUUUAAAGGGUCAUGAGAAAAGGAAAAAAGACAGAAACCUUUAAAACAUUAAAAUGCAAGUGAAAAAGGCAAUAAAAAGGCAAAAUCAAAGUCCACAAAAAAAUCAAGUCAAGCAAACCCCCAAACUAUCACAGGUUACCUUGAUAAGGCCAAUCAUAAACUAUACAGUAAGUGUACAAAUGUAUAUAGGAUAAUAUGAAAAAUGGUUUUAUAUAUCGCGUCCUGUGGAGUGAGUUAGCAGAAAGAUAUUCUGCCACCAUGAAGUUUGCAAGCCCUGCAGUAAUAUUGCAUGUCUGCAGUAAAGAAAAGUUGACUUGAGGUCACGCCGCCAGCAGUUGGCGCUUAUAAUUUAGCAGAACAGCACACAUGCGCAUCAUGUAGCCUGAGCUGUCAUCACAUACGGACACGUGAGGUAACCACGCAUGUACAUUUUCUUUAGGAACACAACCAGGCACCUCUGUCCUCCUUGUAGCCCAAAAUACGCCCCGAUAUGUUGCCUUUUCAAGUAAGACAUCACACACAGUGUUUGUCGCAGGGUAAUUCGCCCACUGGGUUUAGUUAUGUAGGCUACCCACACUGGAGUAGUCUAUACCUUUAAGCCCGCAGAGUGCACCGAGUUCAUGUGUCCGUAAAGGCGCACGAUAUUACCACACACUGUUGACAGUCCAUUUGCCGCGUAGACUACAGUAGGACAGUGCACCUACAGUAACCUGCCAGGUCCCAGCAAAAUGUCUGUGUCUUUAAAAAGAACUCUAUACCGAACGGUGCAUGAUGUCAGGCUGCCUUGCAGUCCGUAUACUGUUCAUGUGAGCGGCGUUCACUUCCUGUAAAGGGACAGAAGCGGGCAGAGAGAGAAAGAGAGAGUGGGAUAGAGAGAUGGGGGACGAGCGGCCAAGAUAGGACUGGAGUGAUAGAGAGAGCCAACGGACGAGGGGGAAACCGGGGCCUGCUUUUCUUUCUUUUUUUUCCCUUUUUUUUUUUUAAACACCUCGCAAACUUUAUAGGUUAUCCGAAGAGAAAGCCUGCCACAUCUGCGCCAGCUGACAGCCGCAGUUUAUGGAUUAGCGACAUAUCGGAUGCCCUUCUCAGUAGCGGAGUCUGCAGUGAAUAUCUGAAACCCCAUCUUCCUCUUCCUCUGCGGCCAACAUGUCCCAGCUGCUCCAUGUGGAGAUCCCGAACUUUGGAGCCACAGUUCUGGGCUCCCUUAAUGAGCAGCGCCUGCUGGGACACUACUGCGAUGUAUCCAUCCUGGUCAAAGGUCAGGCGUUCAAAGCCCACCGGGCCGUUUUGGCUGCCAGCAGCCUCUACUUCCGUGACCUCUUCAGCAGCUCCACCAAGACCCAGUUUGAGUUGCCCUCCUCAGUCACACCUGCUUGCUUUGAGCAGAUCCUCACUUUCUGCUAUACAGGGAAGCUAACAAUGGCAGCUAGCGAACAGCUGGUGGUCAUGUACACAGCUGGCUACCUCCAAAUUCAGCAUAUAGUUGAAAGAGGCAUGGACCUAAUGUUCAAAGCCAACUCACCUCACUGUGACUCGCAAACAGCAGGGUCCUUAGAGGAAACAGGAUCCGAACCGCAGAGUCCUUCUAAUAAUGGCAACGGCCUGGCGGUGGCCGCCCUUUUGGGAACCCCGGGCUGGUCUCCAUCCCUACUCUUGCCGCAGCGUAAGAUUAAACUAGAAGGGGGUGACCCGACACCCCUGACAAUACCCUCGACACAAAGCAAGAUUUCGUCUUCAGAGUUGGGGAGUCGACUGGCGAGGGCCAGUUCAUUGUUCUACACAACGGCUGGGGGGACCUCCAUCCCUGGUUUGCCUUCUUACCACCUUCAAGGGGCCGGCGGAGGUGGAGCAGGAGGAGGAGCAGGAGUUGAAAGGUCCAGUCCUGGAGCAUCAAGCUUGCCCACCACUGACAGUCCCACAUCCUACCAGAAUGAGGAUGAGGAGUUUGAGGAAGAGCCCUAUGAUGGGAUCACAGAGGAUGCCUACAGUCAUCUCUAUGGACGUUCAGCUAACCCCUAUGGGAUCCAGGACAAGCCAGAGAUGGCAGCGGUGCCCUUGGCCUUGGAGAACCGCAACUGUGUGCUGAUCCGCCGGGACCUGGUGGCGCUGCCUGCAAGCCUCAUCAGCCAGAUAGGCUAUCGCUGCCACCCUAAGCUCUACACAGAGGGGGACCCUGGGGAGAAGCUGGAAUUGGUAGCUGGUACGCAGGUGUUCAUGACCCGAGGCCAGCUGAUGAACUGUCAUCUAUGUGCCGGUAUCAAACACAAAGUCUUGCUCCGCCGUCUGCUAGCCACAUUCUUUGAUAGAAACACUUUAGCCAAUAGCUGUGGGACUGGUAUACGUUCUUCUACUAGUGACCCCAGUCGGAAACCCCUGGACAGCAGGGUCCUCAACGCUGUAAAACUCUACUGUCAAAAUUUCAACCCUAACUUCAAGGAGAGUGAAAUGAAUGUGAUCGCUGCCGACAUGUGCACAAAUGCGAGGCGUGUCCGUAAGCGAUGGUUGCCCAAGAUCAAGUCCAUGCUGCCUGAUGGCAUGGAGGUGUACCGUGCGGGAAUGGGAAUGGGUGCUGCUGUGGGUCUGGGCCUGGCACUAGGUGCCCCUCAACCAGGGGUAUCCCUUCCCUUUGAGCCUGACUUCAAGACCCUUGAGCAAAGGUUGUAUCCAGAUCGCAAGGACCCUCUCAGGACUCACCCACCGCUGACAGAGGGCAGCCCUGGGUCUGGGGCAGCGGGAGCAGAGGCUGAAGGUGAAGGAGUCGCCCAGGAGGAACAGGAGGAAGACGAGGAUGAAGCUGGGUUGGAAGGUGUAGAUGGAUCACUGGGGGCGCCAACCUUGAUCCCAGGGGCUGAGGCAGGCAAUUGUGGUGACACGCCGCCUGAGCAGGAAGUGGAAAGUUUUGGACAAGGUCUGAGGGUGAAUGGACAGUGAAUGUCCUUUUGGGCUGCCUCUCAUUUUGUGAAAUCUGUUUAACACCACAUUUUCUUUUGCUUGCAUCUCGUCCACCACUUCUCCUCCUCUGUGCUUCCUCAACAGGAAUUAUCAGCACAAAAAGCCGCGCUCGUAGAUCUUACUAACGGAAAUUUGUCACACAUGCAUGCACACACGUGUGCUUGUGGACACACAUUCUUACUGAUCGUGGAAGCAGACACAGGCAUGGCAUUAGCACAUGAAGAAAAUCAAUGAUUUCUCCUCCACCCUUUUCUCAUGUAUUCAGUAUUUACUCAGUAUUUCAGCACAUGCAAACAUAGUACAAAGGCCCGAUAGCAGAACAAAUGACUGUAAUGAUACAUGAUUUCAGUGCAAUACAAAAGCAGUAGCUGCUUUGCUGGCAGUUUACGGCGUGUACUAUAAUGGUUUGUAAAAUGAUUCCGUUUUCCUGGAAAGCUGCUUCUAAAAAUAACUUGUGUAACCUUGGGAAAAACAGAUCAGAGAAACUUUGCUCCUUUUAAAAAUCAGCUUAUUUUUGCAGUGUUUGACCAUUUUACAUCAUAUUGUUGUAUGAUGUGGAUAUAUAAAAAAAAAAGAUUGUGUUAUAAUUAAAGGUCAAGUGCUGUAUUAGCACCAUUAAACUGAACAAUUUUUAUUUCCUGAUAAAACAGCAACAUAAUUUUUAUGAUAAAGAUGAGGAAAGGGUUUUUUUUCCUAGGAAACCUCUCCACAAUCUAACAAACAAUCUAUCACAUGGAGCUGUUUUUUCAUGCACAUUUGCCCGUGACACAUUGGAUUAGAUUGUCAAUGUGAUGCCUGUGUCUGCUCCAGACAGUCCCUCCAAACCACACACACGCGCACAUACAGAAACACACACGCACAUGUGCGCACAUUUCCCACCUUAUGAUACUAGCCUUUAAUAUCUGCACCAAUGCGUUGAAAAUACACCGUUCAGUAAAAAAAAAAAAAAAAAAAUGUAACAAUGCUUUUUAACUUUGAAAAAUCCUUUUAAAUUACACCAUUCUGUCCUGGAGAUACAGAGAGAGACAUGAACAAGAACAUGCACUAAAAUCCAAGCUUGCAUGCAUGAAAACAGUGGAUACAGAGAAAUACUGAAAACAACAACAAACCCACAAACCUGCAUCUAAAUAAGAAAACAGCUAUUGUUGCCUUGAGAUAUGCCAUUAAUACGCAAAAGAACGUUUGUUUUUUGUUUUUUUGUUGUUUUUUUUUUUUUCUUUUUUACUGGGACAUUUCUCAGAAACCUCAGUCUGACAAGUUAGAACUGACCUGGGUGUGACCCAGGACUGACUGUGUUUGACACAGUGCUGAUUGGAUUUUCUUUUCUAACUACGGAGCGUACUGUCAGCACGGGUAGAGGAGACUGACUAUAUGGAGUAGUAAGAAGAAGUGCACUACACCAAGUGGUAGAAGAAAACAAAUGCCAGAGAGAGAAGCACUGUUUCACCUUGAUGUGGUGGUGUGCUUGGCACCAAUACUACAUAGUCCUGCUUCCAUCCUGUUUUAUUUUUCCUGGAGGGGUGGGUGGGGGUGGGGGUGGGGGUGGGGGGGGUUGUGGGGGGGGUAAAUUAUUGAAUAAAUUGUAUAAGAGCAAUUUCUGCUGGCUUAUUGCAUUUGCACUCAAAAAAAGGUUUAAGGUUGGAAACUAAGGAGUUUGGCAAAAUAUGACUGUACUAAAGACUAAAGGCUAAAGACAUGGUGACCUGGAGGGAGAAUCUUCUUCCAGAUCACCCUGGUUAUUUAUUUGAUUAGGGUAUUAGGGGAAAGGGGAAGGGGAUGGCAUGAGGCAAUGUCAAACAGCGACUUUAACCUGUAUUUGUCAGUCAUUUUCUUCUUUUUUUGAUAUAUGUUUUCAUGCUUUCUGCCAUGCAUAAGGACGCAGUCCAAACUGCCUUUCUUUUUUGUUUCGUGCAUUGAUUUUAAAAGAUACUCUGUUGUUUCUAUAUGUUUUCUUCAGUUUUCUUGGGUUUUCCUGCUCAGCAGUCAAAGCACCUUUAAGCACGAGAUCAGAUCAUCAAAUCUAGUAAAUGAGUGAACCCCAAAGUUAUUUCAAGCCAUCACUGUUAUGGAAAGUAUGGCUUAGUUAUGAAGUGGUUGAAAAAUAAAAUUAAUCAGGUUUUUCCACAACAGAAAGUGACAGCAUGAAUGAACAACAAAGUUGAAAAUACAGUAUAAGCCCUUGAUAUAUUUGAUCUGUUUGUUUAUGCUUCAGUGCUGUGCCACUUCAAAGGUCGGGCCAGAUUAGUCUCUGUCUGUGUUCAACAUAUAUUUGUUUCGGGUUCUUUUGGGGGAAGCUUUAAGAUGGCCCUGCACAAGAAACACAGGGUUAAAAUUGCACUAGGUAAUAAUAAUGACGUUUACAGUAUCUCUAUCUAUUCUUCUUUUUUUUUUUUUUUUUGGAAGAAAUGUGAUCUGCCAUGAAUAAAACAGGGCUGUGAUAGAGUGGCUGAGAUGAUGGAUGAAUGUAAACUGUAGCACUGCUGUGGUGAGGGCUCCAAGCCUUGAUUGAAUAUGGUAAAAUACUGAAACUCUUUUUUUAUAUGACGCACGUCUUUCCUCGGUUGUAUACUCUGAGAAAUGGGCCAUGAUAUAAAAUGAAUCUGACUGUGGAUGAUGUUCUGACCUAAAUUUUAAGUGAUUUUUGUGAUUUGUUUUUGUUUUUUAAACUGAUGUGAACAGGUCUUCCAAUAUGGCAAAAACCAAGGAGCAUUUCUCUAACAUGUAGAAAACUGAGCAAGGUUCAAGUACAGGCUUUUACUAUUGUUUUAUACUAUCUUUACCCCAACAGUUAUGUAUGUCUAAAAUGUUGAAAUGACAUGUGUUCACAAAACUGAGAGACCCUGAAAAUUUCUGUAAACAUAUACCUUAAAGUUAAAUAAUUUCUUUAUCUCAUUUUUAAUUUAUUAAGCCUCGGUUCUUAAAGUUGCUCUUGUAAAGAAAAUAAAGGUAUUCAGUUGUUUUAUUGGAGCCACCACCUUAAUUACUUGACUUUUGAGAGGAUCAACUGCACUUGGGAUUUUGUCAGCCAAGGUAAACAGUCUUCCCAAAAAUGCACACAUAUAUGAUUGCAGUAAUUACUUUAGAUUACAAAAUAGCUUUCAACUUAAUCAGGCUGCCGCCCCACAAAAAACGUUAAACACCUGUACUUCACUGUUUAACUGUGCAGUAAGUAUAACCUAUUUUUCUCUCUUUUAAUGCACUAUAAAUCUUUUCUUCCUUUAGUUUUAAACAGGCCCUACUUUAAUUUAGAGGAAUUUGAAAUGAGCUCAAAUUAAAGCGUGUUAAAUGACAUGGGUUGGGGAACAACCCGAUACACUCCACAGUAGUGAUAGAGGGGUGUGGAGAAGUGCCAUAGACUGACUGUGUGGGUGUGGCUGUCAUGAUGUGAACCUUUAUGUUCAGAGAGUAACAGAACAAAGGACUGGUAGAAUGCAGACACUGACAGAUUUUCUUUUCCUUUACUAGAAUUAUAAUGUUACAGAAAUUAGCCUCCCAGAACCUUUUGCUCAAUAUAUAUAAUGUAUGUAAUAAUUUAUUCACUUAUUUUGUCACUUUCUUUAGAGAGAAAGUGCAAGAUUUUUACUACACUUAAAUACAUUCAACAGCUAAUCCACAACAACCUGGACCCCCUUUUGAAAUCAAUCAUUCAAUCAAACGUACAUAAGCAUUUGAUGCAUUCACAUUUCAGCUUGUUUCAUCCAGCUUGUGCACAGUUUUUCAUCUUAACUACAAACAUAUGUCCAAUAAAAUCAAAAAUACCAACCUCUUUUUUUUUUUCUUUUUUUUUUAGGAAAAUCUUUUCUUUCUUUCUUUCUUCUUUCUCUCCUGCUUAGGAUGUUUUUUUCUUGUGCAGGGUGAAUUUGAACAUGAAUGAUGUUGCACUAAAAACUGAGAGAUUCUCAGAGAAUGUCGUGGCUAACCCUUGGGAGGAUGAGCUCUAUUUGAGGUGGCUGGCAGAAAAAGUCCCGUAAAAUGUAUGUAAUGUUCUAUAUUUGACCUGUUUCUUUGAUUGAAAGCGGUGUCUCUCCUUCACAUGGGGACAUGGAGGAUGGCGUUGUUGGUUGAAAAGACCCUAUUUUCACAAACUUUCUUUGCAAAUAAAUUGUUACUUACUUUCUAAAAAACCUUACAUAGUGCUCUGUUCAUCCCCAUUCACUGUAAAACUAAUGGGCACAGCCGUUUUUGUUCCAUUGAAUUGUCCUGGAAAUAAUACGUUUAUAUGCAAAGAGACUUGUAUCAUAAAAUGCAUGACACUCACUCUAACACGAUGAAACCUCUGAUCUUUAUGCACCAUGUAUUUUAUGCUGAAUAACUGUUGUCACUGUUUGCAAACAAAGACUAUGGAGUCUUGCAAUGAAUAGGGUUGUAUUUUUAUCAAACACCCUGGCCUUUUAUUGAAUGUUUGCAUAAAGUUUAAUCUCUUUUAAUAAUGACAGCAAAGUAGUGUUAAAGAGUGGGAUACAUAGACUUAACUACCCAGUUGAGUAUGCAUUUGAACCUACAGCAGACUCAGAGAAAAUGCACUAAAAGUUUAUACAGUGUGUGUAUGUUUAUGUCCUUGAACAUAAUGCCAGCACUUUAGAACUACUUAGAAAAAUGAGAGAAAAGAGAAAAACGGGAAGAGUGGCCGAGGGUAAGGUGAAUGAAGGGGAAACUUUUAAAGCCAUGUGUUCAGAGCGCUGACAAUCAGAACAGGAAUGAGACUCAAAGUACACUAUGGGAGAUCUGACAUGACUUGCUGUGCUCUUGCUCUUUGCUUUGUCUUUCUCCAGCUUGCUUUGGUCUCUGCUAGCUUGCUCUCCAGAGUCGAGGGACAUUAUGAUGUUAACCCCAGCCUUCUUAGUUAUAAGUGUGUGUGUGUCCGCGACAAGGACUGACUGAUAUUUGACUGAUACCUUGGUGCUUCGUGAACAGAGCUGUUCCAUGUUGACAUGGACCAUAUCUGUAAUGCUCUGGUAAGCAUGGGCCGAACUUGGUCCUAAGUCUGGGCUUAUUGGUAACCUCUUGAUGGGCAACAGUUCAUACAACGAAAGAGGAUCUUAUCAUUCAACCCUACACUUUGAUCAUAGUGAUGUUCUUCACUAUCAACAGGGCUUGGACCAGGCAAACUGGGAUGGGACAAUUUCAGUGUUAAUACUGCUUUAUGUUUAAAAAUGACAAAUGUUAAUAUGUUUAUGCGCCUUCUGACUCAAGCAUCAAUAAUAUAUACAACAAAAAUGCAAGUUGCCACUUUUGAUGUUGCAUAAGAAUCUACCUUUCAUUCCCAUUAUGGUAUUUGCCACCACCAGUUUCAGUUGUGUAGUCCAAGAGUACCUGAUUUCUUUAAAUGCAAUACAGAAAAAUCUGCUUUCUAAUAAAAGUCCUUACUUCACCAUA